UGAGAAAUGCAUGGAUAACAUCUGCUGUAAGACAUCUCAGAAGAAUGCUAACAAUGUGGGUGACUUGCACAGCUUUUGUUCUCCUCAUCCAAACAUUACAGAGUUUGGCUUUUGAUGAUAAACCAUUUAUACUUGCCAACAAGGCCACUGGUUUUUGUUUGGUUAAACCAAGGGGCUACUGCUAUGAUAUGCAGUGGACAACUGGUGACCGACUUCUGGUUCCCCUGAAGAAGAAGUGCCUGGGAGUCCAAGGGAAAAGUGUGGGAAGUGAAAUAAGUCUCUAUGACUGUGACGAAAAAAGUGAAUUCCAAAAGUGGGAAUGCAAGAAUGAAACAGUGCUCGCUCUCAAAGGCCAAGAUCUUCACAUCGAGCUCACUGCAGAUAACACGGCAAUUCUCACCAAAACAAUAGGACCCAAUAACCACCUCACAAUUCAAGGUUCCUCCAGUGGUGCUUGCACAAGAACAUACAGAGAACUUUACACCAUUGGAGGAAAUGCAAAUGGUCAACCCUGCAUGUUUCCCUUCCAGUACAAAGAUGUGUGGUACUCCAAGUGCACUGAGUUUGACUCCUCAGUAAAGCGUCCUUGGUGUGCGAUUCAAACAAAAUAUGAAAAUGAACUCUGGGGCUAUUGCCCGACUAACUCCAGAGAACACUGGAAUAAACACCCAACAACAGGUGCUUAUUACCAGCUCAACACACAGGCAGCUCUGACUUGGCAGCAGGCUGAAGCCAGCUGCAAACAACAGGCUGCCUCCCUACUCAGCAUCACUGAUCCUCAUGACCAGGCUUAUGUCAUUGCACUACUAGGGACAGGGGGCAAUAAGCUUUGGACCGGCCUGAUCCUGGAUCCAGAACAUGGCUGGCAGUGGUCGAACAGGAGGCCCUACCGCUAUCUCAAAUGGGACUCAGGACACCCGCUUCCUGAUCCCGGACACAACUGUGCAAUUGCUGAUCCUGCUGUACAGUACUCCUGGCAAAGUUCACAUUGCAGCAAGAGGCUGGGGUACAUUUGCUAUAGUGAAGGGCCCCAGGGAACUCCUACAGAAGAUGUUGAGACAGGAUUUUGUUCAAGCCCUUGGAUCCCCUACAAUGGCUACUGCUUCCAACUUCAGCGAACUAAGAAAACAUGGUCUGAUGCUCAGAGAGAGUGCGUUAAUGAAGGAGGGAACCUAGUCAGCAUCCGCAAUCUGGAGGACCAAAGCUUUGUCAUCUCUCAACUUGGAUACGCACCCACAGAUGAGCUCUGGAUUGGACUGAAUGACAGGAAGACAGAAGGGCUCUUUGACUGGAGUGACCACUCCACUGUCAGCUUCACCAGCUGGGAGUUUGGGGAGCCUGCCGUCUCUACUGAUGUUGAAGACUGUGUUCUCAUCAGGGGAGAGAACGGGAACUGGGCUGAUCGUUCCUGUGAAGAGAAACACGAUUUCAUUUGUAUGAAGAUGAGUGCUUCAAAACCCACUGGAGAUGAAGUGGAGCAGAAUGUGGGCUGCAAAACUGGGUGGAAAAGACAUGGCUCCUACUGCUACUAUGUAGGGACAGAGACAAAAACUUUUGAUGAAGCCAAAGAAUACUGCAAAACUUCAGACUCUUAUUUAGCUGAUGUUUCAAUUGGGGUGGAUAAUGCAUUCCUUGUCAGCUUGGUGGGGUUGAGACCAGAGAAAUAUUUCUGGCUGGGGCUCUCAAACCAGAAAAACAUUGAUGAAUUUGUGUGGACCAACACAAACAGUGUGAGAUUUACUCACUGGAAUGCUGAAAUGCCAGGUCACGAACAGGGUUGUGUUGCCAUGAACACUGGGAUUUUUGCCGGACUCUGGGAUGUAUUACCCUGCACCAAUAAGGAAAAAUACAUCUGCAAGCACCUGGCAGAGGGGGCAGUUUCAACCCCUGCACCACAACCUAUUCCCCCUCAAGGGUGUGCAGUCGGGUGGACUCCAGUGCUGUCGAGAAACUAUUGCUAUAAGCACUUUUCAGAGUCAACAUCAAGUAAGAGGACUUGGUAUGAGGCCAGAGAUUACUGCAGGGCCAUUGGGGGAGACCUGCUCAGCAUCCACAGCGCUGCUGAGUUACACAUACAACCAGAGCGCUAUAAAAGAGUCUGGAUUGGACUUAGUGCCCCUGACCCAAUCACCGGUUAUGUAUGGAGUGAUGGAUCCCCACUACAAUUCCAACACUGGGAGGAAGGAGAGCCAAACAAUAAAAAUAAUGUGGAAUCUUGUGUUGAAAUGAAAUUACAUUGGUGGGAUUUGAGUGGAUCUUGGAAUGAUGUGCACUGUGAGACGUACCUUGAAUGGCUUUGCCAGAUCCGUGCAGGAGUGACUCCGAACCCACCUCCAGACCCUGUCGUUCCCAAAUAUAAUAGUACUUCAGAUGGGUGGCUUGAAUGGGAGGGGAAUCAGUAUUACUUUAACAGCAGGACGAUGGCUAUGGAAGAAGCUCGUUACUUCUGCCAACAGAGGCAUGGUGACUUGGUAUCUAUCAACAGUGAAGCUGAGGCUGUCUUUUUAUGGAAACAGAUAUCCAGAGGUUAUGAGUCUCACUGGAUAGGCCUGAACGUAGAACUUGAUGGAACAUCUGAGUGGAUGGAUGGUUCUCCAGUCGUGUUUCAAAGGUGGGAUGAAAAUCAACCUCGUUUUGUGAACAAUGAUGAGAAUUGUGCUGUCAUGACUACCUCCAUGGGGUUCUGGCAUGAUUAUAAUUGUGGGUUAGAGUACUCUUCCAUUUGUAAACGUAGUGGCUCACCACCUGCCAACACCACUGUAGCGCCCACAGAGCCCCCUAAAGGUGGCUGUCCGCAAACCUGGAAAAAACUUGGCUCAAAGUGUUACAUCAUCAAUAGCCAGCAGGAGACAUGGGAUAAAGCGAGUGAUAAAUGCAAAUUAAUCGGAGGAAAAUUGGCCUCAAUUCUCUCAAGACAUGAGCAAGUGUUUUUGACCACUCAAAUGGCUGAGGCACCAACUACAGACCUGUGGAUUGGUUUGCAUAAUAAGGAAGGUAGUCAAUAUCACUGGACUGAUGGGCGACCAAUGCGAUACACCAACUGGGGUUCCUCAAUUUCGCGCCACAUGCCUAUGCCGAUGCGUUAUGACUCUUUUAGACUGCAUCAUUUUCAUGAUGAGUUGGAUUACUAUCAUCGCAGACAUCAUUUUAUGUUUAAUACGGAAAAUUGUGCUGUGAUGAGUACCGAGUCUAAAACUGGUAUUGGGAAAUGGAUAUCAAAGUCCUGCAAUGACACCAAUGGAUACAUCUGUCUUCGAUAUGUUGAUUCAACUUUGCCAGACUCCCCUGAACCAACAUCUUAUAACAACUAUGUCAAAAUACUUAAUGACUCCAUCAAGGUUGUUACUCAACAAAUGACCUGGGGCGAAGCCAAGAAGCACUGUGAAGGUGAUGAUGCCAAACUGGCUAGCCUGCGUAAUGAGUGGACCCAGACCUAUGUUGAGCUGAUGGCUUUGAAUCUCAAAGCUCCUCUGUGGAUCGGACUGAACAAAAAGGAGACCGGCGGGUAUUUCAGAUAUAUUGAUGGCUGGCCCAUGAGCUUAUUCAAUUGGGGUAGAAGGGAACCAAGCAGAGACCGACCUUGUGUGUACCUGGAUGUGGAUGGAAAAUGGAAGACCGCUGAGUGCAAUCAGAACAUGACCAGUGUUUGUAUGAAAUCUACAGAUGUGCCACCGACAGAGUCAAGCGAAUUUCCAGGAUUUUGCCCUGAAGACCCAGAGAUAUCCAGAUACGCAAUGCAGAGAAAUAACUGGGUGCCAUUUAAUCACUACUGUUAUCUCUUUAUGACAGAAAGAAUUGAGUGGCCAGAUGCAUCUGCUAACUGUGUAAGACAUGGUGGAACUCUUGCCAGCAUCGAAGAGCCCAAGGAACAAGAAUUCAUUAAAAGCUAUCUGAAAACAUUUGAAGAUAGCCACACUUCUUUCUGGAUUGGCUUGUAUAAAACUCACAGAGGCAGGUGGUUAUGGUUGGAUAAAACGGUAAUGGACUACACCAACUGGGAAGAAGGCGAACCUAAUGAUAACAAUUAUGCAGCGAUUAAAACUGCAGAUGGGACAUGGCGUACAGGUAACCGGUGGUAUGACAGAGCGUAUAUCUGCAAAACAGCCAAAGUAUUACGACAAAAGCCAUCACCAACACCUCCAAAUGUUGGAGAAUCUCUUGCCCAUGGCCACAAAGCUUUGGUGGUUGUGCUGGUCAUGAUUGGGAUUGCCACAGUGGCAGUCGUUGCCAUCUUCCUCUUCAAGAAGUCUGGCCACCGCUUACCUAUCCCUGAACGCUUGACUACCUUUGACAACCCACUCUUCUUCAACAAUGAGCGGGCCGAGCCUAAUCUGGUGGCUGAAAAGAAACUGGUAGUGAAUGCAGAGGAGGAGAACCCUGGGUCUGUCAAAACUGUGUGACGUAAUUAUCAGCAGAAUCUGCUAGGCCAUACAAUAUAUUUUUGGCAGUGUGUUGCUCACAUUCUCAAUUGCAUGACCAAUAAUUUUGUUGAACAAAACAAUUCAAGCUGUAAGAUAUCUUAUUUUACAUUCAACAAAUAUCUAUCCUUUUGUAAUUGUUUGAAAAUAUGUUUAACUGUAUAUUUUUUAUAUGACUUAACUGAUUGAUUGAUUGAAUGUACCGGGGAGGAUUUUAAUUCAUACCUUUUUUUACUUUAAACUACUAUGCCUGCAGGGAUUGUGCUGUGUAUUCUUGAAUUUGCAACAGAUCGUUCACUUUGUAAAACUGAAAGUUGAAAUAUCUAAUUAACUUUGCUUAGCUUUAUAAGGGGAUGCGGAUAAAUAGAUGCUAAUCGAUGAAUGUCUGUUUUUAUCAGCAUUCUGUAGAGUCUUUACACUCUUUUGUAUCUUUUACAUUUAUCUGAUGGCUAUGACUACAGCUUAUUCUGCAACAUUUUUACAUACAAAAUAAACAGUGGAUAUUGAUCAACCAUUGCAGUCAAAAUACAGUUUAACUUGU